CAAGAUAUACCAGUUCUGCUGGUAGUCAGCGUCGAGGUAUUAUCAGUGUCCGAGACAUACGUGACCAAUUCUUUCGUCGUUCUUCUUUUUAUUUUCUUUAAAAGAGAUUACUUCAGCAGUUGUUUCCUUCAAAUAUUCCACAAAGAUUAUAAAAUCAUCGAGAUAUGUAAUGAUAUUUUUAUUCCAUUGACGUCGAAGUUUUAUCAUUUAUUUUACUGACUUUUCUUUUUUUUUUUUCCUUUUGUAAUUAUAUUAAAAAAAAAAAAAAAAAAAGUUCUAUUGUUGUUAUCGUAUUUUUUCGAGUUCAUGAUAAUGAAAUAAGCAUCGUGAUAAUAGGAUGACGACGACGUCAAUGUUAAACACCAGGAGUUGAUAUCUCCUUUUCUAAGAUUAGGAGUGUAAUUAGAUGCACGCGAAUUCAUAUAUCUAUGUACAUAUGUAUCUAUAUAUUUUCUUUUAUCGAGAAAUGGAAAGUAUAGAGAUAAAGACGAAAUAGGUAAAUACGUGUUUUUCGAAAAGCAAUUUCAUUUGUCGCUACCGACGUUGAAUUGUCGUUCCAUCGAGAUAAUUGAAUUAAUUAAAGUCAUCCGUCACGAAAACGUUUACGUAUUGUGCACUUUCCUCAGACACCUGAUUCUACGAUUCGUGCAAUCUCUUAGUUCGGUUUUUUCAUCGAAUUAAACAAAAAGGAUUAACCGGUGAAAGGAUAAUAACAAGAGUGAUCAUUUAAUAAAAACUUAAAAAUCGUCCUAACAACGAGAGAUUCUUUUACUGAGAUUAAACAGUGAAUCGUGCGUUCGAAGAAGGUCGAAAUGUCGACGACGAUUAAAAGACGGAAGACUUGGUAUAAUAAAACCGAGGCUGGUAACAAGCUCGAGUCAUGGUUUACCAGGCCCAAAAAAUCUGGUCGUGGGGGUGGAGUCAGAAGUGGUACGGAUAACAACACGAUGCCUCGGCCACAUUCUGGCGAUGAUUUCAAUGAGAUCGAACAGCAACGUUGUAUCAUUGAAAAAAUGGACGAGGAAGCUGUUAACGAUCGUUUCGAAGAAAUGUUGGCCAACAUGAAUUUAACGGAGGAGAAAAAGGCUCCGCUUCGUCAGCAAUCCGAAUCGAAGAAGAGGGAGAUGUUGGUGUUACAUUACAAGGGUAGCAUGCAGGAGAAUAGAUCGAAAUUCGACAAACCAGCUGAUUACAUUCAAUAUCUAGCUCAGCCGGAUCUAAGUGUAAACAAGAUCCACAAUUGCAUAGAAUCACUUAGAAUCGCAUUGACGAAUAAUCCUUUGAGUUGGGUUCAAGAAUUUGGUACUAAGGGAUUGAAGCAGGUUUUAGCAACUCUCAACGAAUGCUACAGAAAUGCCUUCAUAUAUUAUGAUAGCGAUAAUCGAUACGAACGGAUACAGUACGAAUGUAUACGAUGUUUAAAAGCAAUUAUGAAUAAUACCGUUGGAAUAAAGGAGAUGUUAGCUCAUCACGAAGCAUUGACGAUAGUGGCAAGAUCGUUGGAACCCACGAAACCAUCAGUGAUGUCGGAAGCUGUAAAGUUACUAGGUGCAGUUUGUCUGAUUUCGAGUGAUAGUCAUAAAAUGGUUUUAGAUGCGAUCACUAUGAAUGGCGAGUUCAAGGGCAGAGAAAGAUUUUUACCCAUUGUACAGGGAUUGAUGAAUAGGAAGAAUGAAAAUUUAAGGGUAGUGUGCCUUCAACUUAUAAAUUCGAUUAUUAAUUCUGCCGAGGAUCUAGACUUUCGAUUACAUUUAAGGAACGAAAUAAUGCGAGUAGGAUUAGCGGAUAUAUUAGAAGCUUUAGAAAAGGAUAAGUCCGACGAUUUGUCUCAUCAUUUAAGGAUCUUCAAUGAAUAUAAGGAAGACGAUUACGAGUUAUUUGUACAGAGAUUCGAUCAUGUUCGAUUGGAAUUAGACGAUGUCAAUGAUUGCUUCGAGGUAGUGAAAAAUAUGGUAAUGGAGACUUCCGCCGAGCCAUAUUUCUUGUCGAUACUUCAGCAUCUACUACUUAUCAGGGACGAUGCUUUGGUGAGGCCAGCUUAUUAUAAAUUAAUAGAAGAGUGCGUAUCGCAAAUCGUGUUACAUCGUUCAGGCUGUGAUCCAGACUUUAGUGCGACGAAACGCUUUCAAAUAGACGUACAACCAUUGAUCGACACUUUGGUCGAGAAAUCGCGAGCAGAGGAGGAGCGACGUUUAAUGGAGGUGUCUCAAAAGUUGGAGGAAGCUAUAGCUAGUAAACAGGAGGCUGAAGCGAAGCUUCAACACGCUGAGAAUAAAAUUAAGGAACUCGAGCAGGGGACUGGAAAAAGUGGGGGUGGGGGAGCUAGUACGAAAACGAUAUUACCACCUCCGAUACCUGGUUCGAAUGUAACACCACCUCCGCCACCACCUCCACCACUUCCAAACUCGAUUGGACCGCCGCCACCACCUAUGCCACCUGGAAUGGGUGUAUUACCACCACCACCACCACCAAUGCCUGGAACAAAGGGACCACCUGGUAUGGGAGGUCCUAUACCUCCUCCUAUGCCAGGAAUGGGAGGUCCUCCACCUCCUCCUAUGAUGGCUGGAAUUACAUCCAUGAUGCCGUCGUUACCUAAUGGACUGAAACCUAAGAGAAAGUGGGAGGUCGAAGGUCGAUUGAAGAGGCCCAACUGGAAAGCAAUAUCGCCGCAUCAAUUGACGGAAGAAGUAUUUUGGACAAAGGUGCAAGAAGAGAGAUUAGCUGGUCCGGAAAUACUCGAUGGUUUAGCACAAAAGUUCGCGUCGAAACCAAGUGGCAAGAAAAUCGAUGACGUCGUUGAUAAAUCGGCAACGAUAAAGAAAGUGAAAGAUCUCAAGGUUCUAGAUAGUAAAGCUGCACAAAAUAUAUCGAUACUUCUCGGGGGUACGUUAAAGCAUAUGUCGUACGAAGAUGUCAAGGGAUGUCUUUUUAGAUGCGACGGACCAGUUAUCUCGGAUAACAUAUUGCAAGGUUUAAUUCAAUAUUUGCCAUCGCCCGAUCAAUUAGCGAAGUUCCAACUCUACAAAGACAAUUAUGACGACUUGACGGAAGCCGAACAAUUUUGUGUUACGAUAUCAACGAUCAAAAGAUUAUUGCCUAGGUUAAAGUCUUUGAGCUUUAUGCUGAGAUACGAGGAAUUGGUACAGGAUAUUAAACCAGACAUAGUAGCAGGAACGGCAGCUUGCGAGGAGGUUAAAGAAAGUAAAAAGUUUGCGAAAAUACUCGAAUUGAUUUUAUUGUUUGGAAAUUACAUGAAUUCCGGGGGUGGAGCUUCUGGUCAAGAUUUUGGCUUUCAGCUUAGUUUUCUAACCAAGUUGACGAGUAUAAAGGCUGCGGACAACAAAGAAACUCUCAUGCAUUACUUAGUAUCUACGAUAGAGAGAAAAUUCCCAGAAUGUCUGAGUUUUACCGAAGAACUGGCACACGUAGAUAGGGCGAGCCGUGUCUCUUUAGAUAACGUACAGAGAAUACUUCGUCAAAUGGAUUCUAACAUUCGAAAUCUUGAACAAGACCUUUCUAACGCCAGAAUUCCACAAUGCGAGGAAGAUCUAUUUUCUGAGGUCAUGACUCCAUUCGCUAAGAAAGCCAGAGAAUCUUGCGAAGUAUUGAAGAAUAUGUUUAAAAACAUGGACGGUCUUUACACCGAAAUCUCUGUAUUCUUCUGUUUCGACAAACAGAAGUAUACAAUCGAGGAAUUGUUUAGCGAUAUAAGGACGUUCAAAGAUGAUUUCGUGCAAGCACAAAAGGAAAUGUUAAAGUUACGGGAAGCGGAAGAGAAGCAAAGAAGAGCUAGAGAAGCGAGAGAGAAGGCGGAAGCUGAGAAAGCGGCACGCGCGGCGCGAAAGAAAGCGCUCGUCGACAUGAACGCACAUGAUACUCAAGAAGGUGUUAUGGAUAGUUUGAUGGAAGCACUUCGAACCGGUUCUGCUUUUAGUCGACCGGAUCAACGACGCAAGAGGCAAACACGCAUUGCUGGUGGUACACAUACAUCGUCUAAUUUUAUCACAGAAGAGAGUCAAAGUCAUAAACAGUAUUUAUUUAAUUCUGUUUGUACGCCUGAAACGAACAUUGGGAUAAAUUUUUUAAAGAAGCAAUUUCUUACUGGCUACGCACGCAUAGUUACGCCGGUUAAACCAAAACGCGUGAUAAUUACUAAAAGAUAUAAGAGAAAUUUAGUCGUUCACCGUGCUAUGGUCAAUCGUAAAAUUCUGAAUAAGAAUCGUAGAAGCGUAAGACGAACUAAAUCUUCUGGACAUUUACCAAACAAAUCAUUAUCGUGUAGUCGGCCAAACGAUAAGAUCAAGACGGUUGUUCAAAAGAAUGUUUCUCCAAAAUCGGAUCUCGCUCAUUGCAAUAUACAGAAAUUAUCGAUGUCUGUUCGUUCUUUACCAAGUAAUAAUAAGAUAAUCUCUCCUUCGGUGAGGUUAACGCGUACAACAAAUUUUGAAGAUAUUACCGAUUGUAUCGAUGAAAAUCGAAAUAUAUCAGUGAGACUUUCGAUGCCUUUGAAUUCAACUUGUUCGCAUCAUUCUCCUAUAAUUAACGUUGUCAAGGAAUCAGAAUCUCCAAUUGCUAAUGUCAGCAGUUUUGCUUUGUUACCACAUAAUACUAAUCGUUUGAACAAAAUUGGAGAUAUUAUUGACGCGAAUCUUUCUUCGACCAUAGAGCUAAAGAAAAACUGCAGUUUUAAAUCUCACGAGGUCGAAAAUGUUUUAGAGACAUUUUCUACCGACAUGGAUCAAAGUUAUACUUCCACAGAGAAAAAAAUACAUAUUAUGAAAACUCCAAAUAUUAAACGUACGAAAGCUUGGACGUGUUGGAAUCCAAGAACAUGAGAAUUACGAUUGUGAUGAAAAAAUUUACGAUAAUCUCUUUUUUGUCUCCUUUUCUUUUUUUUUUUUGCAAAUCUUUUUUUAGCUUUUAUUUUUAUUAUUAUUUAUUUCUCGAGAAGAUAAGACUGAUCGAAGGAGAUUUUAUUUUUAUAAUGUAAUAUCAUUUAUUAACAAAUUGAAUAUGCUUGCGUACCAGGCUUGUUUAUACGUUAAGAGGUUCAUUAAAAUGAAGACAUUGCAAAUAUAAGAUUUUUAUAAUGUUGGGGAACAUGCAGCAACAGUUUUAAAACGAUCAUUUUAGAACGAUCACUAUAUCAAAUUAAUGUGAAACGUAUUUAGACUUGUACUUGAACGCACGCAUCAAUGUCAAUCAAUAAUUGUAUGAGCGUUUGUAUAUUUGUUAAUUAAAUACAUGCAAGUCA